AUGUCCCCCUUCCUCAUAGCAUGGUACAGUCCAGUGUCAUGGCUCCCUGAACGAAUGGAUGAGCAAGGGCUACUGCUUUGAGAUUAUGUUAUUAUUACAGGUUUUUGAAAUAUUCCACGUUUGAUAGCGCACUAGUUUUCUUUCUAGUAUUACGUUAUAUUUUAGAGAGGUAGUGAGACUAGGUUGUCAACAUGGCAGGGAGUAGCAUGGCACAGAAAACAUGGGAGCUACAAAACAGUAUGCAGGAAGUUCAGAGCAUAGAUGAAAUAUAUAAAUAUGACAAAAAACAACAACAGGAAAUCCUUGCUGCGAAGCCAUGGACAAAGGAUCAUCAUUACUUCAAAUACUGCCAGAUAUCUGCUCUGGCGCUGCUGAAGAUGGUGAUGCACGCCAGGUCCGGGGGCAACCUCGAGGUGAUGGGUCUGAUGCUUGGGAAAGUGGACGGGGAGACCAUGAACAUCAUGGACAGCUUUGCCUUACCCGUGGAGGGCACAGAGACGCGGGUCAACGCCCAGGCUGCGGCUUAUGAAUACAUGGCUGCCUACAUUGAGAAUGCCAAACAGGUUGGUCGGCUGGAGAACGCUAUUGGCUGGUACCACAGUCACCCAGGUUACGGCUGCUGGUUGUCAGGUAUAGAUGUCAGCACUCAGAUGCUCAACCAGCAGUUUCAGGAGCCCUUUGUGGCGGUGGUGAUCGACCCCACUCGCACCAUAUCUGCAGGGAAAGUCAAUCUUGGCGCCUUCAGAACAUACCCCAAGGGUUACAAACCUCCUGAUGAGGGACCCUCUGAAUAUCAGACCAUUCCCCUGAACAAGAUCGAAGACUUCGGCGUGCACUGCAAACAGUAUUAUGCCUUGGAGGUGACUUAUUUCAAGUCUUCCCUGGAUCGAAAAUUACUGGAGCUCCUCUGGAAUAAAUACUGGGUCAACACUCUGAGCUCUUCAAGUCUUCUGACGAAUUCAGAGUACACCACGGGCCAGGUGUUUGACUUGUCUGAGAAACUGGAGCAGUCAGAGGCUCAGCUUGGAAGAGGAAGCUUCAUGCUGGGCCUGGACACACACGACAGGAAGUCCGAGGACAAACUGGCCAAAGCAACACGAGACAGCUGCAAGACGACAAUUGAGGCGAUCCAUGGUCUGAUGUCUCAAGUCAUCAAGCAUAAGCUCUUCAAUCAAAUCAACACGUCUGCCAUCUAAGCCCGAAACAGUCCAAGUGGAGUCACCCCUCGUGUGUGUAUUACUAUUUAGAUUCUGGUUAGCAGGAUGAUCUUUCAAUUAUUAUCUGAGGAAAGUUUAUUGGUUUUAUCUUCAGCUAUUCUUUAGUGUGAGUGAUUGAUCUCAACUUAUGUCCACAUAAGUGUAUGAAUAAAUAGUGUUGUUAAAAUGUAUCUACGUUAGUUUUCCUUCUUUGACUUGAAGUAUCACCAUUUUCAUUGAAUAAUUCCUGAGGUUGGUGAACCAUAUUGUUUUGACUGAAUUGCUUCCAACUUUAGUUCAUGUAUUUUCUUAUUUUUGAAUGCUUGCAGACUUUUGAAAGGUAUUCUCCUUUGGGUUCAACAUGACAUAGCACUGUGACAUUUCCAUGUCCCAUGGCUGUUAGGUAUUGGCUAGAGUAGACUACACACACACACCCUCACAGCAUGACUUAACACUUUAACAAAGACCAUGGUAUAUUACUCCAUAACAAAACCUACAACCAGUCAGCCAGUCAUUUCAACUCUGGCCAGUCAUAUCAUUACAUUAUGGAACAACAAACUCAAGCCGCUGCAUUGGCUCAAACGUAAACACUGGCUGGCAUGGUCGAGAAGUCUCUGCGGAGUGGCUUUCGGUGCAGGUUGUCUCUCUGUAGUACACAAUCCUUCAGGAUUGUCAAGUCGUCAAGUCGAGCCGCGGCAAUGAUGCAGCACAGAAACAGGAGCCGUGCACACUGCAGUCUAUUCACCCAACCCGUCUACAUCGAAGCAGACACAGAGUCUGCUUUUCCUUACACACUGCAGCCCUGGCACCGUUUAAUGUCAGAAUUCUUUUUCUUGUAGUAUUA